UUGUAUAUAUACGUCUUCGUAUGUAUCUUCUUAUAACCGCGAUACAUGCUACUACAUAUACACGUGUCAAGUAGAUAUUUGGUAAAAAAAUAUGUAUUUAUGUGUGAAUGUGCAAAUACUCGUUAUCAUAUUUUGUUUUAUUGUGUAUACUUCUGCGGAUGUGAAAUACGGAACAGAUCGUAAUCUAGAUUUAUUCAAAUAUGACCCAAGUGACGUUUUCACGUUGCCUGAAGAUAUUGACGACGAGAAGCCAGCAGUUGUUUUUGAAGGAAAUGUUAUGAGGGCAAAAGUGGAAAAACUGCAAAGCUUUAAUGGAAAUAAAAAAUUCAAAUUAGAUUUAAAGACUCAAAACGGUAUUGAAGUGACCAGUGUUGGCAAAUUAAAAGAUGACAAAACCUUUGUUGUAAGCGGUUCCUAUUCUUUUACUGGAGCUGAUGGUAAACGUUACAAAACCCGCUACACCGCUGACGAGCUCGGAUAUCAUCCUAUCACGGAAUUGGAUUUGGAUAUUCCUGAGCCUCAACCAGUAGAUGUAACACCAACAAGGCUAAACAAUUUCGACAAUGAUAAUAAAGGUUUGUUAGGAGGCCUGAAGAACCGAUUCCAGUUUUUGAAUCAAAAUCUCAAUCUGGAAGUAAUUCCAAAUAGUUUAAGUGGAAGUGCGCAAAGCGGUGAUGACUUCAGUUAUUCGCCAGCUAAUGGUGGUUACAGUUAUGGUGCUCCGAUACAACAAUUUGAAACGCCUCUUCCAAUCCCAUCCCGUCAAUAUUUGCCGGCGAAUUGACAAUUGAAAUACAAAAGCAAGAACAAUUAUACACUGAUGUAUAUAUGUAUAUUGGUAGCAGCGAUGCAAUUAAAUAAAAAUAUAAGAGUUUU